CUGCUUUAGUCUAAGAGAGGAAGAAUCUUUUUUUUCUGCCGGUGAGAGAGCAUGCGCACGGCCGGCACUGUGCUCCCGGGUACUGGUUCCGGGAUGUAGUGACACACAGUCACACGCACAGUGCUGCUACUGCUGCCUCACGUGACAGGGUGGCAGGAGGCGGGCGGCCGGCUGGUGGAGGUGAGUGAUGCUGCCCGUUCUGCCAUGCUGCUCAACUCCUUGCUGAAGCUGCUGCAGAGACAGACCUAUACCUGCCUGUCCCACAGGUAUGGGCUGUACCUGUGCUUCGGGGGCUUGGUGCUGAUGAUCGUCUCCGCUCUGCAGUUUGGAGAGGUGGUUCUUGAGUGGAGUCGGGAUCAGUAUCAUGUGUUAUUUGAUACUUAUCGGGACAACAUUGCUGGGAAGUCUUUUCAGAACAGGCUGUGUCUUCCCAUGCCCAUUGAUGUGGUAUACACCUGGGUUAACGGCACUGACCCAGAGCUUGUAAAGCAGCUACGAGAUGUACGAGAACAAAUGGAAGAGGAGCAAAGGGCGCUGAGAGAACUUCUCGGAAGUAACAGAACGGAGCCAACAAGGAAAGGUUCUAGUGAUAAGAUGCUGGAAUGCCUGCUGACACAUUGCAUACGUGUUCCUAUGCUAGUGCUGGAUCCUGCCUUUCCUGCCAACACAACCCUGAAGGAUCUCCAAACCUCCCAGCCUUUCUUUCAUGCAGCAGUGUCCUUAUUUCAUGUUGCAAAACCCAAGAAUCCAUCAACUAAUGUUACAGUCAUAGUCUUUGAAACACAGCAGGAUGCGGAAACUGCACAACUGAAUGCCCUCUUUGAAACCAAUAAGGAAACUAUCUGGAGAGCAUAUAUGACCACAGACAAAGAGGCUCCAGGGUUAGCAUUCAUGCAAGAUCUGGUUUUCCUGAGUGGAUUUUCAUCAACAUUCAAAGAAACCAAUCAGUUGAAAGCAAAACUGCCUGAGAGUCUGUCCUCUAAGAUUCGACGGAUACAGCUGUACUCUGAAGCAAGUGUAGCACUCUUACAGCUGAACGAUCCCAAAGACUUCCAUGAUCUCAACAUACAGUCAAAAAAAAAUAUGACUAUAGAAGGAAAGGAGGUGACGUUGAAUCCUGCUUACUUGCUGUGGGAUCUUAGUGCUGUCAGCCAGCUGAAGCGGGAUGAGGACAUUUCAGCCAGUCGUUUUGAGGAUAAUGAAGAAUUGCGCUAUUCCCUGAGAUCUAUUGAGAAGCAUGCUCCAUGGGUGCGUCAUGUUUUUAUUGUAACAAAUGGCCAGAUCCCAUCCUGGCUGAACCUGGACAAUCCACGUGUCACCAUUGUAACCCAUGAGGAAAUCUUCUUGAAUACUAGUCAUUUACCUACCUUUAGUUCUCCUGCCAUUGAAAGUCACAUUCAGCGAAUACCAGGACUUUCCCAAAAAUUCAUAUACAUGAAUGAUGAUGUAAUGUUUGGAACAUAUGUUUGGCCUGAUGAUUUCUAUAGCCAUUCAAAGGGACAAAAGGUUUACUUGACAUGGCCUGUUCCUAACUGUGCAGAGGGUUGUCCAGGAUCUUGGAUUAAGGAUGGUUAUUGUGACAAGGCAUGUAAUAAUUCUGCAUGUGACUGGGAUGGUGGUGAUUGCCUAGGAAACACAGCCGCUGGUCGAUUUGCCCCAGCACUUGCAGGUGCAGGUCUAAAUGUACAAGGUUGGCAGCACGGAGUUGGAAUAAGUGGCGUAUCUUAUUGUAAUCAGGGUUGUGCUAACUCCUGGCUUGCUGAUAAGUUCUGUGACCAGGCUUGCAAUGUGCACAACUGCGGGUUUGAUGCAGGAGAUUGCGGACAAGAUCAUUUCGGAGAGAUGUAUAAAAUAAACUUACUAUUAAAUAAAACCCACUAUGUUGUUCCUAAAGGGGAGUGCUUGCCGUACUUUAGCUUUGCUAAUAUCGCUAAGAAAGCACUGGAAGGCAGCUAUAGUGAUAACCCAAUUAUCCGUCACGCUUCCAUUGCUAACAAGUGGAAAACUGUCCACCUCAUUGCGUAUUCUGGAAUAAAUGCUACUGUGGUCUAUUUCAAUCUCACCUUUCAUGAUCAGAAUGACAAGCCAUUCAAAAUGCAGAUUUCAGUAGAUGUUGACACAACAGAAGUCCACAAACGCAACAAUACCCCACCUGUGCAAGGACAGAGACCUGCAAGAGGUACAACACCUACACCAGAGGCAGAAAUCCUGUUUGAGGACAUUCCUGAAGAAGACCGGUUCCCAAAAUACAAGAAGCAGAAGCCAGUUGAGAAUGCACACUUAAGUAUUCACAUCCCAUAUGUGAAUGUGUCCUCUCUACCAGACAAUGUACAACUGGCCCUUCAAAAGCUUGACUUGCAACUAAGCAACGGUGACAUCACUUGGAAAGGCUACAAUCUGUCAAAAAUGGCUCUGCUUGAACCUUUUGGUGCCUUAUUUUCAGACACAGAACAAUACUUAAAUGUAAAAAAGCAGUGGUUCAGCCAAGUUGACAUACCCAAGAAUGUGACUGAAAGUAGGAAAAAAGAAAUUGAGAAGUUUGCUUCAAGAAGUGAAUCUCAGUUUAAGAUUGGUGGGCAGAGUAUCAAGGCCAAAGGUACUUUGGAAAGAAGUAGGGAAGACAGUAUUGUUCCUGGUAGAAAACUACAAUAUCAGCCAACUUAUGAAGGGUUCUUGCCAUGGGAAAGAAACAAGUACUUUAAAGAUCUUUUAGAUGAGACCGAUGCACUAUUACGUGAUCUCUCUUACUUCACUGAUGGCAAGCAAGUUGGCAGGAAACUUCAAGACACAUUUGCCGAUUCCCUCCGUUAUGUGAAUAAACUCCUUAAUAGUAAAUUUGGCUUCACGUCUCGGAAAGUUCCUGCUCACAUGCCACACAUGAUUGACCGUAUCGUUAUGCAGGAUCUCCAGGACUUAUAUCCAGCAGAAUUCGACAAAACGUCUGCUCAUAAAGUGCGCCAUUCAGAAGAUAUGCAGUUUGCUUUCUCCUUUUUCUACUAUCUAAUGAGUGCCAUCCAACCACUAAACAUCUCCCAGGUUUUCCAUGAAGUGGACACUGAUGGGUCCGGAGUACUGUCUGACAGAGAGAUCCGAACGCUGGCUACCAGAAUACACCAGCUGCCUCUAAGUUUACAGGAUCUGACAGGUUUAGAACAUUUGCUCAUUAACUGCUCCAAAUCACUCCAGUUAAACAGCACUGAAGAUUCUUUUGCUUCAACAACACAGGAGUCUUAUUAUGAUCCAAAUUUGCCUCCUGUUACCAAACAACUGGCAAUUAACUGUAAACCGGUAACUGAUCUGAUACGUAAAGCAUACAAGGAUAAGAAUAAAUACAGAUUUGAAAUUAUGGGUGAAGAGGACAUUGCAUUCAAAAUGAUUCGUACCAACGUGUCCCAUGUUGUUGGCCAGUUAGAUGAUAUCAGGAAAAACCCAAGGAAAUUCAUAUGCCUGAAUGAUAAUAUCAAUCACAUUCACAAGGAUGCACAAACUGUAAAAGCAGUCCUGCGAGACUUCUAUGAGUCGAUGUUUCCAAUACCUUCUCAGUUUGAGUUGCCAAGAGAGUACCGUAACCGAUUUCUACACAUGCAUGAACUGCAAGAAUGGAGGAGUUAUAGAGACAAGUUAAAGUUCUGGACGCACAGUGUCUUGGGAACGUUGAUUGUGUUUACCGUCAUCUCUUUUUUUGCUGAACAGUUGAUUGCACUUAAAAGAAAGAUUUUUUCUAGGAGGAGAAUGCAUAUUGAAGUAAGCCCAGAAAGAAGUAAAGUCUAAAACAAGACUGACUUUUUGUUAGACUACCUCAUUACUGUGACAUGGAAAUGUCAGAAUGUCAUCAAGUUGGAAAAUAAAGGGUUCCACUUCAACAGUCAUCACAAAAGGAGAGUGACUUAAUCUUCUGGCUGUGAUCACGUGGUUCCACUUUCUAAGUAUUCUCAUGCCUGAAUGCAGCAUGUUGGUACCAUCGGAAUAUAAUCUGAAAGAACCUGUCCGAGGUCAGCUAUUGCUUUGAGCAUCUGACUGUAAAAACCAAAGGAUUUUGAAAUGACAACACUUUGAUUUUAUGUGCCAUUAAAAGUGACAGGUCAGUGUGGUAAAAGAAAACCAUACUUUCUGAGUUAGGUAGCUGAAAUUCACUUUUGCUCGGACUAUUCUGCUUCCCUUUCAAAGGAAUGGAAUAUAUUUUGCAUACAAAGUAGUGGCUGAUGUCUAAAAUUGCGUGACUUAAGAAUGUAUUUGUUUUGUUUCUGUAAAUACAAGUCAAGUGCCUGUGUACAGAUAUUAAUAGUGUUUUGCCCUAUUUGUGAACGAAUUGUAGCGCUGGAUAUUGGGAUUUCACCUAUGAUAGAAACAGACGAGUUAUUGUCUCCAAUUUGUUUAAUGUAGCUAUAUUUUCUUUUAAUGUAAAUGCCUUUCUUACAUGCAUGUACAUUUGUUAAACUGCUAGGUUGAACCAUUCCUCCCCCAAACAUCAUCCUUCAAAAACAUGGCUGCACAUCUGGUUUCCCUUUAUCCAUUUUAUGUGGGGGAAAUGUCUUAACUUGGUGAGUGCUUCCUUUAUUUAAGCUACCCAUCUCUGUAGAUCAGUGAAAGGGGUUAAUGAGAAUGUGCUUCUGUUCAUUUUUAGAAAAGAAUUAAAUUGAGAUAUAUGUUCACAUGUAAAUAAUUUCGGAAGGAUGUAAUUUUAGCAAUUCUCACAAAAUGAGAUCAUGAAUUAAAUUCUGUGACAUGCA